AGAGGGCAGAGACAGAGUCAACUGAUCGAUCAGCCCAGCCUAGUCUCAAGAGAGGCUAAAGCUUCAGAGGAGAAACAACGCGGCUGGAAUGGAGUUGGAUAUCCUGGUGUGGAUGAUUUUGACCUUAACGGGAAGCACAUCAGCAGUGCCUGACCAGUACAGUAAAGCGGUGGAUUGGUUGAGCAGAUAUGGCUACCUCCCUGUUCCUGAUCCACGCACAAGUAAACUGCAGACCAAAGAGGGGAUUGAGAAAGCCAUUCGUGUCAUGCAGAGAUUCGGUGGGGUCAAGGAAACCGGGGUGCUCGAUGACGAAACCAUCAAACUCAUGUCCAUGCCACGAUGCUCCCUCCCCGAUAUUGUUGGGAGUGAGGACAUGCUGAGAAGGAGGAAGAGGAGGAGGAGGAGGAAAAGAUAUGCCCUGUCAGGCCUUAAAUGGCAUAAGACAGACCUCACAUGGAGUGUCCACAGCUACCCAUCGCCCUCCCUCUCACCCGGCCUGACUGACCAUGUAGUGGACGACAUCCUGACUCGCGCCUUCAAAGCCUGGAGCGACGUAGCCCCCUUGAAUUUCCAUCAGCUGCACAGCAGUGACAACAGAUGGCCGAUAGCUGAAGGGGACAUCAGAGUGUCUUUUACCAGCUCGUAUCACGACGACGGGUACCCUUUUGAUGGGCAGGGUGGCACCCUGGCCCAUGCCUUCUUCCCCGGCACAGAUGAAGUGGCGGGUGACACACACUUUGAUGAUGAUGAGCUCUGGAGCCAUGGAGGUGACACCAGCAAAACGGACUUGUUCACAGUUGCAGUGCACGAGUUUGGCCACGCGCUGGGUUUGUCCCAUUCCUCCUCUGAUCCGUCCAUCAUGAGGCCGUACUACCAGGGUCCUGUGACAGACUUUGUGAACUUCCAGCUGGACAUGGAUGACAGGCUGGCCAUCCAGCAGAUUUAUGGUGUGAAGGACAGCAGGUCACCAGGUGGUGUUGAUCCUGACCUCCCACGCCUGCCCGGUCCACCUCCUCCAAGACCAACGCAGGCCUCUGACCCUUCAUUCCUAGAGCGCUGUAAGGGAGGCUUUGACGCAGUGGCAAAUAUCAGGGGAGAGGUCUUCUUUUUUAAAGGUGCACACUUCUGGAGAACGAAGCGGGAUGGGUCUUUGGUGUCUCUCAAUCCGGCUAAAAUCAACAACUUCUGGAUUGGCCUCCCGCCAGGAACGAACAAGAUCGACGCUGCUUAUGAGAGGAAGAGCGACAGCAAAAUCGUCUUUUUUAUUGGUUCUCAGUACUGGGUCUUCAAGGACACGGAGGCCAUGAGCGGUUACCCUCGGCCCCUCUCUGAGUGGGGCAUGAGGACAAAGAGUGGGGUGCUUUUGGACAGGGUGGAGGCAGCCUUCAUCUGGGCCCACAACGGCAAGACCUACGUGUUCAGUGGUGGGGAGUUUUGGAGGUUUGAUGAGAGCUUUAAGGCAGAACAGGUGACCAGGCAGCUUGAGCAGGGCUACCCACGGAACUCCAGCCUCUGGGCCGGAGUGCCCUCCCACAUGGAUGACAUUAUCAGCUGGGGAGAAGGAGAUGCCUACUUCUUCAAGGACAACCUUUACUGGGUGCUGAAGAACGGAGGAUUAAACCAAGAUGUCGUCACUCCUAAAUCCAUUGCUGUAGACUGGCUCAGAUGUCCAGCUCCACCGGUAACCUUCACUCCAGCCAAUCCUCAAAUCCCAAAAGAGUGCCACUGUGACAUAAGGGGAUCGUCUUCAUUUCCAAGAAGCGGCUGGCUCCCUCUGAUGUCUGUUACAUUGGUAAUUAAUGAGUUUAUUAGAAAAUAGACACUUAACUUUUGAAAGUCUUUGUGUGUUCAAAAGUGUCUGCAGGUUGUUGUACUUCUCUUAAUCCACAUCUUCACUCACAGCCAAUUACAACCCACAGGCUGGUUUUAUAUUACAUACAGUGUGUAAUAAUAACGAUAAUAAUAAUAAUAAUCAUCAAGCCUAUGUGUUUUGUCAAUGUAAAUUCUUUGCCUUAUCAGAACAUAUUGCUGACCUGUGAAAAUGGUAGAAUUAGCCUCCUUCCUCUAUCCUACUGUAGGAUUUACCCCCUUCUUUUUUCUAGAAUGAGUAUUGGAUUACAUGAUUUCUGCAUAGGUAAAAGCAUAGAAAUUCAACACAGAAAUCCAGCACUCAGGUUACUCCCUCAUAAUGAGGUCUUACACAACCACCUUUUGUUUGGACAUUAAACAGGCAACACAAACAUGCCUGUGUAAGUUUUUUACCAGAGCUGAUUUUUUUACAAUUAGAGUAGAUUUGUUCCUGUGCAUACAUACAUAUAGUACAAACAGCAAUAUUCUUUGGUAAAUUAAACUUGCAAACUUGUGUAUUGUGACCUAUGUUUUGUUACUACCAUUUUUGUAUUUGAGUCUGAUGUUGGAAGUAUUUAUGCUGGACAGUAUUUCUGUUAAUGAUUCUGCACACAGUGUUGUGGCUUCACAAGCAGGCAGAGCAGUUGAAAGUCAUCAAUCUUUACAUUGGAAAGCGUUCGGCAACAGGUAAUCAGUCAGCGGGGGCAAACUAGCAGUCAGGUGAAAACAGGAACAGGUUGUGGUCAGGAAGACGCACGAAGGCUGGAAACCUAAGUCUUGGUAAUAUACUGUAUUAGAUGAGCAGACAAAUCACUGGGGAACGAGGACUCAUAUAUAUGUAGGGGAGAUAAUGAGGGAAUUGAUCUUUUUAUUUUUUAUUAAAAUUUGCUGAUAUCUGUCGCUGUGAUGCUUUUGAGGGGGGGUGGGGGAGUAAGCUCUGCAGAUGUAAUGCAAUAAAUCAUUUUAUGCUAAAGGUUAUUAGGGUGCAAUGUACUGUGUUUGUCAUGUAAGGCCAGAUGUGCAGAAGUUAUUAUAAAGGUACGGUAUGAACUGUAGCUGCAGGUCUGAUGCAAGAAAUCAACAUUUGGGACAAUUCUUGUGAUAUAAAAGAAAUCAUCAUUAAAAAUGUCAUAGUUCUUAA